AUGCCCAUUAACCCACGUGUGAAAUUAUGUUCAAGCAGACAAAUAUGUCAUGGUGACGGGAGGCUUCAUGGCCUAACCAUCGGGGGGAAGUCGGGACCUAAGAGAUCGAGUGGAACAAUACAUAGAGAAAUAAAGCCCUUAGGAAUUCCAAGGCCCAUAACAAAAAAAUCCACUUUCUUUCGGUUACGAGGUUUAUUCGAAUAUGAAAUCCAAUCUUGGAAAUACAUCAUCCCACCCUUUUUUUACUACCCAAGGUUUCGAUACAUUUCGCAAUCGAGAAAUCUCUACCGAUGCAGGUGUUAUUCGAGAACAAAUAGCCGAUCUAGUUUACGCAUUAUUCUAGAGAAGAGGGGCCCACGGGGAAUGAAUGGGAAGAUCGAUAGACGCAUAGACUUGGCUAAACAUUUUCUUCGAACAAAUAUAGAACCAGUAUGGAUGGUUUUGUGUCUAUUACCAAUUCUUCCUCCUGAGUUAAGACCUGCGAUUCAGAUAGAAGAGGGUAAAUUUAUGAGCUCGUAUAUUAUUGACUCUAUAGAAGAGUUAUCUAUCGGAACAAUAUUCUUACCGAUCUAUUAA